AUGUGAGUGCGAAUGGUUGUUUGUUUAUGUGUGCCCUGCGAUUGGCUGGCGACCAGUUCAGGGUGUACCCUGCCUCUUGCCCGAAGAUAGCUGGGAUAGGCUCCAGCACGCCCGUGACCCUAGUGAGAAGAAGCGGUACAGAAAAUUGAUGGAUGGAUUAUUAUUUUAACCCAAGCCUCCUGAAACUCUGUCAUUCUCCCCGAUCGAACGGAACCAGCCUGGCAGCGUUACUCAUAUCCCUUCACUGCAGGCCUUUUUGCUGCAGUUUAAAUUAUGCCAGUGUUCCUCAUGUGAAGUACUGUGUAUAUAGUAUGUAUCAAAAUAGACCGUCACUGCUGAUGACAGCACAGAAUUCAUGUGAUGUUGGUGCAUUGUCAGAUUGAACACUAAACAGCAGAGGUGCAUAAACCCUUAAGAGGGCACUAAUUAUAGUUUUGACACAUUAUUACAUUAACAAAAGAUAUUGAUGUGUGGUUAAGUUAAAAAAAGAAAUAAAGAGAGACUAAAUAGCAGCAAUGCCAUCUCUCCAUUUGUGAUAUUCUGGUGAAAUGCUGAUAGAUUUUCAGCAGCCUCUUUCAGUUUUGUUAGCUAUUUGAGGGAUCUGUUAAACAGAUUUUUGCACUGAUUUAUUAGAAGAUGGUCUAGACAACUGAAGGAAUGAAGAAUUGUUCAGCUGAGGAGCUCAAAUUCAGUACAGUGAUGUCUUUAGGGUCCAAUUUUACUGCAUUUAAGUGAUAUGAUCUCACACACAUACUGUAUUCUAGUCACUUUGAUUUCUUUCUGGCCAUACUUUAAAAUAGCAUGAAUGCUUGAAAAUAAGUCAAAAAUUCAUUUUUUUCCUGCCAAAGCAAUAAUACUUGGUCAACCUUUCUGUCUUGUUUGUGCCGUAUUUUUUUGAUAAUUAUAAUGGUUUUGAUUAUCUAAAAACAGAUUGUGCACUGUUUGAAUACAAUGAUAAUAAUUACCAAUACUGUCAUUCUUUUCUGUGGAGGCUUGAAUCACAUUAAAAUGUCUCGACUUUUGAAUGUGGGAGAAUUGUAGACCUUUAGGUGUAGGUUGAAUGUUUAUUAUUGUAACAUUUAUUCUUAGUUUUUGUGCCUCACUGUCCAAACAUCCCCACAUUCCCUUCAGCCCCCAUAGUCCCUUACAGCCUUUGUAUACUUGGCCUUUCAAGCAUCCAUGAUUUGCUGUGAUUGGCAUAUUAGGAUGGUGUGCAUUUCAUUGAUGAGUAUUUCAGAACCCCAAUGCUCGUGAUCAGCGCUAUGUCACCAUAGAGUCAUCCCAUGGGUACAGCAGAGAAUCAGUUUCAAACAGUUUGUCUGUCUUCAUCAAACACACUCUCCAAGAGUCUGCCGGCUCCAGACCUGGAUCGAAACACAGCCACAGUACCUCCCCUUGAUGUGUGUCGUCAGUUGGAGCUUCAGGAUAAAAUGGGAGGAACUCUGAUCCAUACGGUGGCACUAUAAAGCUCACUGAUGAUUUGCGGGCUUCAUUAAAACAUCAAAUCUUCAUUACUAUUCGGGACUGGCAUCAUCGUCUUACACCUGCUAUCAGUGAUCUCAUCAGGCCAACUUCUGGCAAACUUCAGCAGCUGCCUUUGCUUAUUUUUAAAAUAGCAGACAUGAGGAUACUUGGCCAGAUUACUUUUUUGCUUUUGCUGUGGGAGAGCUGGUGUAGGAAUACAAAAGUUCAGACCACCAAGAAAUCUACACAUGGGAACCAAGCAGCCAACGGCAUCCAGGCUUCACCUGAAGCUGUUCUCUUUAGUGGGAGCAUUUCAAAUAAUAGAGGUACUGGAGGUACCAGUGGAAGUGAAUCUACCAGGGAUGAUGCUGAUGAAAUGAGGCUGCACUUUCUUAAGAACCUGCAUGUUACAUGUAACGAUGGGACACCAGCUGGGUUUUACCUAAAAGAGGUCAGAGGAAGCCGCAGAUGGCUGUUAUUUCUGGAAGGCGGCUGGUGCUGCUACAGCAAAGAGACCUGUGAUUCCAGGUACCAAAAUAUCCCUCGACUAAUGAGCUCAUCGGGUUGGCCCCUGACAAAAAGUGGACAUGGCAUACUGUCAAAUCAAGUAGCAGAGAAUCCUUAUUGGCACAACACAAACAUUGUAGUCAUCCCAUACUGCUCCAGUGAUGUUUGGAGUGGCACUGGGCCUGCCUCGACUCCUCCUCCAAAACGACGACAAGGGAGGGAGAAAGAACACAAUAGAAAUGCAAAUGCAACUGAGUAUGCUUUCAUGGGAUCUCUCAUCAUCCGAGAGGUCAUCAAAGACCUUAUUCCCAAAGGAAUCAAGCAGGCCAAGGUUGUUUUGUUGUCUGGCGCUAGUGCUGGGGGUACAGGAGUCUUGCUGAAUAUCGAGAGAGUGGCUAAUUAUCUGGAGCAGCUUGGUGCAGAGGCACAGGUCCGAGGUCUGGUGGACUCUGGCUGGUUUCUCGAAAGUAAACACCAGAGAUCACCGAAUUGUCCUGAAACAGUUACCUGCUCACCUGAAGAUGCUAUCAAGGUCGGCCUAAGGUUGUGGAAUGGUGUGGUGCCUGAUAGGUGUCGUCGCCUCUAUAAGAAAGGGGAGGAGUGGCAGUGCUUCUUUGGCUAUAAACUGUAUUCUACAUUGAUCUCCCCUCUAUUUGUUGUCCAGUGGCUGUUUGAUGAGGAACAGCUGAGGGUAGAGAACAUCUACAUUGGAGGACAGCAUAUGAGCAAUGAACAGUGGCAGUACAUACAGAACCUAGGCAGAGAGUUGAAAAACUCCUUGAGAGAUGUCACAGCGGUAUUUGCUCCUUCCUGCCUCUCUCAUACAGUGAUUACCAAAAGCAACUGGAUGACUUUUCAAGUUCGAGGCACUUCUCUGCCGCGGGCCCUGCACUGCUGGGAUAGGAGCUUGGAAGCCACUCGUAACAACAGAACUCCAGCCAAAGGCUGUCCAUUCCACCUGGUAGAUGGUUGCCAUUGGCCUCAGUGUAACCCCACCUGCCCCAUCUUAGUGGACCAGGCAAACCAACAGGAGCUCACCUUGCUCCAGAUGCUGGUAGCCAUGGGCCUUGACCUUCGAAAGCUGGGCUUGAAUCCUAAAAGUGAUGUAGAUUUCCUUACAAGCAUGGGCAGCAAUGGUGCCUAACAUUAAAAGUACAAAAGAGAGGCAUAGUGAGGUGUUAAAUUAGUAAAAUAAAUAAAUAAAACAAAAAAUAAAAAAACAUCUGUCAUGCCAGUAUGCGCCACGUGUCAAGCUUGAGACCUAAUUCUAAGACUCCCCCCAUCAUUUUCUCCUUUAAACUUGUACAGGGUAAGUGUUUCAAGUUCUAGCAAUGGGUAGACAAAACAACAAGCUUUAAAUCUUGAACAGAGGAUGGUGUGAGUGCCACUUUUAUUGAAGACAUGACGAUCCUACAAAAUGUCAGCAUCACGUGAACAACAGUUUGUUUUCUCAUGGUUAGCAACUUUUUGUACUUUUUUUUACUAUCCUGGCAUACAAUAUAUAUAUAUAUAUAUAUAUAUAUAUAUAAUUUCUACACUGUCAUUUCUCAGUUUAUUUGAGGAUUCUCCAAUCUACCAUUUAUUUAACUAAUUUUGAUUUAGCAUUGAUUAGAUUUAACAUUUAAUGUAUGGACAUAAAAUUGCUACCUGUUCUACUAACUCUAAACAUUGCACAUGCAGCUGCAACACACUGACUAAUUAUUUUUUGUGCGACUUAUCAAUAGCCUACAAGGCUAUGCUCACAUAUUUAUACAUAUAUUUUACUGCAUGUUAAUCUCUUUCCUUCAUUUGUUUUCUUUGAUGUACAUUA